CAUCACUAGCGGGGAAGUCACCAGUGGGAAGAGCUGGCAAAGACGGAAAAGAGGGAAAGAUAGGCAGGAGAUACAGACGGAGACAGGGAGACAGACACGGAAAAACAGGGAGACACCCCUUAAAGAGAGCCUCAAAUCAUAUCUGGGAUUCAGUUGCGCUCCGAGGCGUCACUUUGAUGGCUGACAGCAGCAGAAAAACUGGAGAAGAUCUGUGACUGGCCUUUUUUCUUCUUUCACAACGAGGGGGUCGGCACAGCCGCAUUGAUCCCAUCAUCCCAGGCUUUGUGGAUCACCUCGCCCUCUUUAUCUAAAGAGAUUCCCCCCGUGGAUCGCUACUUCAUAACAAAGCCUAUGGAUUACAGAGGGUGUUGGAAAGGCUUUGAUCACAGCUAUGUCAAUACCGUGACCCAACCCAAGUGAAGAGGAGCUUCAGUUAUUUGUUUAGUUUUUAUUUUUUUGCUGUUUUUGCAAAUCAGUUCGACCGGGACUUUCAUCAGUUACAUGUUUUAUUUGAUCAGCUGCUUUUUUUGACUCAAACACUCUCGCGCGCAGCACCCGGCUCUCCUUCCGCCCACCAUGUACGGUAGCUCCCGCUCCGUCUCCAAGCUGGACGUCGUCGGCUCCAACGGUAACGGCUCCGUGUCCGGGAGUCCCGGCCGCUCGCCGCGCCUACCGCGCUCCCCCCGUUUAGGACACCGGCGGAACAACAGCAGCAGCUCCGGCGGCGGACUCACCGGCACGGGAAAGACUCUGUCCAUGGAGAACAUUCAGUCCCUGAACGCUGCCUACGCCACCGGGGGUCCCAUGUACUUCACCGACUCAGCCGAAGACCCGGUGGGGAGCAUGGGCAGCGGGCUGAAUCCCAGCGCGCCCAAAAGCACCAUGACCCUGGGUAGAGCCGGAGCCAGGGUGCCGUAUGGGGUGAGGGCAGCGGUGAUGGGGAGCAGCCCGAAUAUAAACACAGGAGGAGGGAGCAGCAGCGCCGCCCUCAUGCCCGCUGAUGCCAUAGCAUUUGGAGGGGAGCUGCAGAACCAGCCUCCACAAGCAGCCACUGUUCCUCACUCCAUGAGACAGGUCAGAGAAGGGGCAAUGUCAGACCUGCAAACGCAGCUCAGAGAAGUGCUUCGAGAAAACGAGCUGCUGCGCAGAGAGCUGGAGGGCAAAGAGUCCAAGCUGAGCUCCUCCAUGAACUCCAUAAAGACGUUUUGGAGUCCAGAGCUGAAGAAGGAGAGAGCGCUGAGGAAAGACGAAGCCACAAAGAUGGCCGUGUGGAAGGAGCAAUACAGGGUGGUGCAGGAAGAGACACAGCAUCUUCAGUGCACCAUCCAGGCCUUACAAGACGAGCUCAGGAUCCAGCGCGAUCUCAAUCAGCUCUUCCAAUCCGAUUACUCGGAGUCCGGGCGACUUGGCGCCCAGCCCAUUCCCCCUCAGGAGAUGACCGAGGAGAACUUCCUUCGUCUCCACAGCGAGUUUGAGCGGCAGGCCAAGGAGCUCUUCCUCCUGAGGAAGACUGUGGAAGAGAUGGAGCUGAGGAUAGACACGCAGAAGCACACUUUGACCACCAGGGAUGAGUCAAUAAAGAAGUUGUUGGAGAUGUUGCAGAGUAAAGGUCUGUCGUCGCGGGCGACAGAGGAGGACCACGAGCGAACGAGGCGACUCGCUGACGCAGAGAUGACCAUCCACCAACUGGAGGGGCUGCUGGAGCAAAAAGACAAGGAGAUGCUUCAGCUCAGAGAGGAGCUUCACAGGAGAUACGAAGCAGCGCCAGAAUCGACGAAGACCAAGGCCCUGCAGACUGUUAUUGAAAUGAAGGAUGCAAAGAUCAGCUCCAUGGAGCGCGGCAUGAGGGAGCUGGAGGAGGAGGUGAUGAUGCUGAAGUCCAACGGCGCUCUGAGCAGCGAGGAGAGGGAGGAGGAGAUCAAACAGAUGGAGGUCUACAGAUCCCACUCCAAGUUUAUGAAGAACAAGGUUGAACAGCUGAAGGAAGAGCUAACUCACAGCCAAUCAGAGAAGGAGGAGCUAAGGCAGCGAGCCAAUGAGCUUCAGCAGGAGGUGUCUGCAAUGGAGCAGGCGAAACAGGAGCUGAGUCGCAAAGACAGCGAGCUGCUAGCUCUCAGGACCAAACUGGAGACUCUGAACAACCAGUUUUCUGACAGCAAGCAACACGUGGACGUACUCAAGGAGUCGCUCACUGCCAAGGAACAGAGAGCUGCCAUACUGCAGACCGAGGUGGACGCCUUGCGUCUUCGCCUGGAAGAGAAGGAGUCUCUGCUCUCGAAAAAGAGCCAGCAGAUGUCGGAGCUGACGGAGGAGAAAAGCACCCAGCAGGGGGAGAUCACGGACCUCAAAGACAUGCUGGAUGUCAAGGAGCGCAAAGUGAACGUGUUGCAGAAAAAGAUCGAGAACCUCCAGGAUCAGCUGCGGGAUAAGGAGAAGCAGCUGAGCGGUCUGAAAGACAGAGUCAAGUCUUUGCAGACGGACACGUCAAACACAGACACCGCACUGGGAACGCUGGAGGAAGCUCUGGCUGAGAAAGAGCGGAUUAUCGAGCGGCUGAAGGAGCAGCGAGAAAAGGAGGAGAGAGAAAAGGGAGACGAGAUGGAGACCAGCAAGAAGGAGCUGAAGGAGUUGAGAGAAAAAGUCUCUCUGCUCCAGGCUGAGCUGGCUGAUCGCGAGACGUCGGUGUUGGACCUGAAGGAGAAGGCCUCCUCGCUCGCAUCCUCGACUCUAAAGAAGGAGAACAGGCUGAAAAGUCUGGAAAUCAACCUGGAACAGAAAAAGGAAGAGUGCAUCAAACUGGAGAACCAGCUCAAAAAGGCUCAAAGCGCGGCAGCGGAGUCGCAGGCCAACGCUGAACUUACCGAACGCAUCUCGUCCCUGGAGCAGGAAGUGACCCGGUGUAGAGAGGAGGCCGGGAAGGCCCAGUCUGAGGUGGAGCGACUCCUGGAGAUCCUCAGGGAGAUGGAAAAUGAAAAGAACGACAAGGAGAAAAAGAUCCAUGAACUGGAGAGAAAUCCGUCAGCCUCUCAUCUGUGGCAGUCGCAAAAGCAGGCCCCUCCCCCCGCUGCCUCUCAGCAGCCAAUGGGGGGGCUGGUGUGGGACUACCUGGGCACUCUUGCCUCAAGGCAAAUUAAGGACCAAUCGAAGAAGGUCGCCAACCUGAAACACAAGGAGCAGCUGGAAAAGAAUCGAAAUGCCCAGCUGAUGGAGGACGCCAAGAAGCGGGAGGACAACCUCAACGAAAGCUCUCAGCAAAUAAAGGACUCCCUCCGUCAGAAGGAGGAGCGCAUUGAGGAGUUGGAGGAAGCGCUGCGGGAAAGCGUUCAGAUCACAGCAGAGAGAGAGGUGGUGCUGGCCCAGGAGGAGCAGGCCCGCUCGCAUGCCGAGAAGCAGGUGGAGGACCUGCUGGUUGCCAUGGAGAAGGUGAAGCAGGAACUGGAGGUGAUGAAAGCCAAGCUGUCAUCGACCCAGCUCUCAUUGGCUGAGAAGGAAGGUCAUCUGACCGCCCUGCGAGCCGAGAGGCGGAAGCACCUGGAGGAGGUCCUUGAGAUGAAGUAAGAAUAUAAAAACACUCGUAUCUCAUGUUUUUAGUGCCUUUCUUUAUAUUAAUGUGUAUUUCAGCUGUGCUUUAGCAUUGAGUUUUAUCCAUCCAACUCUACAUGCACCACUUAUCUUUUCAUUUCCUACUGGUUUCUUAACGAGCGCACACAUAUGGAAAACGUAGUAUUUAAAGGUACGCCAUUAAAUAUCGCACAAAUUCACAUUUCUGCAUUUUGUUUUCUCAUCUUGCACUAAUCUGUCUAGGAUUUUCUUAAGAAAAUUCCUUAAGGUUUAUUUUAUUGCCGUGGUUUCAGUGGAGAACUUGUUGAUUUUCUCCAAAACAGUAAAUACUUUUGGACUGAUAAAACUCUGUUGAGAUCUAAUGAUUGUUCUCAGGAUGUGGUCUCUCUUUUAGUUCUUUUUUUUUUUCUUCCCCCAGGAAGUUGCUUUUAUAUGUGAUGAUCAUUUUAGGUACUGGGAAUCCACAGCAAACAAAGAUGCUAUUACUUUUUAAUGCCAUCUUUCAGGCUUUAUGGACUGAGCAUUUUGUACUGUGGUGUAUUAACUUUAAUAGCGAACAACCACAUAAAUGCUAGGGUCCACUGUUCUCCUCACAGUGUUAAUAAAAAGGCUACAAUAAAGCCCUGUUCCCCCAAAGAAACCAACCUUCGGUUGGAAAAAAUCAUUUGCAUUUCUGCGCAGAACAUAUAGGGAUGUAUUUAUGACUUGUGAAUAGCAUGACUUUGUUUAAAAAAAAAAAAAAAAAAAGCUGAAAACGGUGGAAAAAGCAGUGG